CAGCUUCAGACGGAAAUUCUGUGGAUCAUUAAGGAAUCGGGAGGUGGGGUGUAUCAGUGGGAAAUAUUACGUUUUUUUUUGUUUUUAUUCUGACUAAAAAGUCCUGUUUUUUCCCCAUAAUAUAAAUUAUAUAAGGUACCACUAUGGUGGUUGUGACAACAGGGACAGGGGGUGCCCAUAAGAUAUAUCUCAUCUCCGGGAAACAGUCCGCGGGGUCCGGCGCAGCGGAUGGGAGAUUCAGCCGGUCGGUGUCGGUCGUCUUGCCCUCUCCGGGGAAUCAGGCAUCUUCGGAUACAGACUCUCAGGGAUCUGGGCCGCCUCAGCGCAAAAGACAGCGGCUCACACAUCUGAGCCCAGAAGAAAAGUCACUGAGAAGGAAGCUGAAAAACAGGGUUGCUGCCCAAACAGCAAGAGACAGGAAAAAAGCCAAAAUGGGCGAACUGGAGCAGCAGGUUUCUGAAUUAGAAUUGGAGAACCAGAAACUUCACUUGGAAAACAAACUGCUUCGUGAAAAGACUAAAAGCCUCAUGAAUGAAAAUCAGGAAUUUCGUCAGAGGCUUGGGUUGGACACCCUGGGCGUCCAAGAAAAGUUCCAGAAUGUUCCGUCCAGCGUGGAUGCCCUCAGCGUGGUGAUCGGGUCUUCUGAGUCCGCAGCACUCAGGCUACGUGUGCCUCUGCAGAAGGUGCAGGCCCAGCAUUCAUCAAAGCUGAGGAGCUCCAACUGGAUGUGUGCAGUCACAGCUCUGCAGAUCCUGAGUUCCCAGUCUGAUCUGCUGGGCAUUCUGGACAUCCUUGACCCAGAAUUGUUGCUCAGGUGUGGCUCCCUGGACCAGGAGGCCGUGCCGGAGUUGGGCGGGGUCGAAUCAGAUCCAGUAUCUGCCCCCUCUCAUACAGAUGUGGGGGCCCCACCGACAAGGCUGGAAGGCCCUAAUGAACUGAUCCACUGGGACCACAUCUACACCCGGCCCGUGGAGGUGGAGCAGGAGGCCACGGCGGAGCAAAGUGAGGAAAGCGACCCUGAGGUGAAGAUGGGCGGGGAACGGGACCUGGAGGCGGAGCCGUCGGUUGAGAUGCUCUCAGUCAAGGAGGAACCGGAGGAGAAGGACUUGAUCUCCCCACUAAGCCAAGGUGACUUGCUUAGUCCUGGGGGUCCUGAGGAGGGCUGCUACCUUUCAGAGUUGUACAGCGACUCUGAGUACGAGCGUUCCCCUUCUCCUUUCGGAAGCAUGUCCUCUCCGCUCUGGGAUGACAUCUUUGCCAGUGAACUCUUUCCCCAACUCAUCAGUGUUUGAGAUUCCAGCUCCAUAAUCUUGCUCUUACAUGUAAACACUGCCUAAAAUUGCUUCAUUAGACCAGUAAGCUCAUAUACUGCAGUAGAGCCCACUAAGCCCGUAUGAUCACUUACCAGCUUUCUUCAGGACUGCUGCAAUGAGUCUCCACCGAUGAUGCGUAGUUACAGUGCUUGAGUUACUCCUGGCUUCGUAAUUCUGUAAGUGUAUGCUUAAGGGAUUAUCUGUAAUUUGAGUGGUAUGGGAUUCAGAAUGUUGGGAAAGCAUUUCUGUACUUUGUGCAGGUGACAAAUGCCGGAUAAAAAUGAGAGCACUGAAUCUAUUUAUUUGUUUGGUCCGUUCCGCCAUGUGUAUCACAAGAUGGAGCGUUCUUGCUGGUGUGAUUUAACCAUGUUCUUUAUUCCUUUGUACAUUUUCAUACUAAGGGUACGCUUUCCUCGCAAAUUAAAUGUGCAUAAAGAGAAUCGAGCAUUA